AUGUAUUUGCCAACCUUCUGGAAGCUAACAGCUGAAGCAACUGCAUUUAGAAUGAGACACGUUUCAGGGUAUCUCGUCCCAGUCUCCUUCCUCGGUAUGAAUUCGUUUUUUUUAACCUAUUUCGUAGUCUGUUGGAUCAUGUACCCAUCUCUUUAUAACUGGACUUUCUCUUGCCUAAUCCCACCUCCAAGAGGUGUCCCCAAAAGACAAGGAGAAUAAUGA